CGCUUCAUUCAGCUUCCGUCACCUUCUGCUCUCACUCCUCAGUUCUGUUUUACGUUACAUCAAAACGGGAGCGCAUUCAGAUCAGAAAUCCCUCUACGCAGCCCCUGGAAAUGCGGUCGAUGACAAUGUUCGAGUUCGCGGUCAGCCGCCCUCGAAGCACAACCAAUUUGGGUAUGAGAUUCGAGAGCAGCCAAUGGGAACAAACCGGACAAUCAAUGUCGUUCUUAUGGGUGCAGGCGCUUCAUCUCUAGACUUCUUCAAAAAGGCUGAGGAGAAGAUGGAGGACCUGGAUAUUGUUACGCGUGUGCAAUACCUUCCGUAUACUAUCAGUUCUCUUGGAAGAUCAAAUCAUGGAGUAAUUACUAUUCCUAUGCACCAUAGAUCUGGUAGUAUCUCAAGGGUGUCGAGCUUGAAAACAACUUUUUCUCUACGGAUCCGUAAAUUUAUCAAGCUACGCUAUAAAAUUAAGCAUGUCGAAUGGGACAACAGGGCCGGUCUGUGGCGCUUCAGGAUUCGAGAUCUUAACAAGGAUCGCGUCAUUGAAGACAGCGCAGAGUUCUUCAUUAGUGUAGGAGGCGUGCUGAACAAUUGGAAGUGGCCCCAAAAACCCGGUCCACACAGUUUCAAGAGCAAACUAAUGCAUUCUGUCCACUAUGAUGAAGGUUACAACUUGGCCAGAAAGAGAAUGGCCGUGAUUGGGGCGGGUGUAGCGGUGUCCAGAUUGUGGCUACACUCCAGAAGCAAGUUGGUGAACUGUAUCACUGGACUAGGUCACCAAUCGGGAUCACGGCUGGAUUUGCGCAGUCAUGGGCAGAUAAGCACGGCGCAAACUUGCCAUAUAGUGGAGAUGUGAGAGGUAUCGAGCAGGAAGCACAAGGCACAGAGAGGGAAUGCAGGAUAGGGGGUGUAACGAGAGUAAGCCUUAGGGUCGGGGGCAGAGGUACGGAGGCCGUGGAGCCU